AUGAUGGCUCGAGUGGAGCUGGGCGGUGUUGAUAUCCCGUACCACUUCCGGUGCCCCAUCUCCCUGGAGAUGAUGAGGGAUCCGGUCACCGUGUCCACAGGGCAGACCUACGACCGCGCUAGCAUCGAGUCGUGGGUGGCCACAGGCAACCUCACCUGCCCCGUUACGCGGACCCCGCUCACCGACUUCACCUUCAUCCCCAACCACACCCUCCGCCGGCUCAUCCACGACUGGUGCGCCGCUCACGGCGGCACCGCCGCCCCGAAGCAGCAGCGGCAGCCCCCCGCCGACGCCGCCCUCGUCCGCUCCCUCCUCGCGCAGGCCGAGUCCGCCGACUCGGUGGAGUCCUCCCGCGUCGCCGCUCUCCGCCGCCUCCGCACGCUGGCGCGGGACUCAGACAAGAACCGCCGAGUCAUCUCCUCCGUGCUCGAAAACCGCACUUCCCUCCUGUCCCUCGCCUUCGCCGGCGCUGGGGAAAUGAGAGGAGGAGGCAACGAGUCCAUCGCCGGCGCGUUGGCUCUGGAGUCUCUCUCCUUGGCGGCGAUGCUGCCGCUGUCGGACCAGGAGAGCGCGUCCAUCGCCUCACGGCCGGAGUGUCUGUCGUGGCUGGCGGCCCUGCUCUGCCGCCACCCGUCGGCCGAGACACGGACCGACGCUGCAGCUGUGAUCGAGGCGGUCUCUGCGGCGGCGAGGUCGCAGGAUCUCCGAGUGACCGUCGGAAGCACUGCCGGCGUGGUGGAGGGGCUCGUCCGGCUGGUGGAGCUCCAUUGCCGCCACCAGCGGGCAGGUAACGUGGCUAUCAGGGCGCUGUUUUCGCUCUGCCUGGCUAAGGAGAACAGGGAACUUGCCGUGUCGGCUGGGGCGGCCGGCUCAUUGAUGAGCUGCGUUGCGGCGGGGGACCUCCAGCACGCCUACCUGGAGCGGGCACUGGCGACGGUUGAGCUGCUCUGCCGGGCGGAGGGCGGCGUCGAGGUGGUGGUGGGGCACGGGGGAGCGGUGGCGGCGCUCGUCAAGGUGAUGGCCGGAAAGGUAUCGGACCGCGCGGCGGAGCACGCAGUGGGGGCGCUCGUGGCGGUAUGCGCCGCGUCGGAGGAGUUGCAGAGGGAGGCGGUGGAGAACGGCGUUCUGGGGUGGCUCCUCCUGAUGGUGCAGAGCAACUGCACCGAGCGGGCCAAGCGGAAGGCGCAGAUGCUGCUGAAGCUCCUCCGCGCUGCUUGGCCCCGCUACGACUCACUCACCAACUCCGACGACUUCCAAUUCCAGACGCCGCCGCGGGCCGUCUCCCUGAGAUAG